AUGCAAAUCCUAUCGAGAUAUAUUCUGGUGUUGAUCGCCUUGUUCCUGGGGGUAGGCUUUUCCACCGCUGCGCCUCUGAGAUAUGCUAGCAACUCUGUAGAGAGAGCCAGACAUAUGCCUGAGAACGGACGGCACUGGCACACUAUUGGCGGUCAGGAUAUUCAUCCACGAUGGCGUCACAACUGGCUUCCCUCGAGCAAAUCCAGGACAUAG